UCUGUCCUCAACACAUGAGUUUAGAGGCCACUUCUCGCUGAAACUACCUCUAGCACAUUAAGACAGACAUAGAGUAUACACAGAAGAACAUCUAUUGCUUUGGAGGAAAUAAGAGCUUCAGGACAGAGAGCUUCACUAUGAGGUCCAUUUUCUCCCUGCUCUUCUGCCUAUUGCUGGUGUCCAAUCGAUCCUCAGCACUCAUCACAGGGGCCUGUAUCAAAGACGUUCAGUGUGGUGGAGGGAGUUGUUGUGCACUUAGUCUGUGGGUCCGGAGCCUGCGUAUGUGUGCUCCGAUGGGACAGGAGGGGGACAUCUGUCACCCCAUGAGUCGCAAGGUUCCAUACUUUGGCAAAAGAAUACAUCAUACCUGUCCUUGUCUGCCUUAUCUAGCAUGCAUUACAACAGCAGAGGGUAAAUCCAGAUGCCUUUCACCAUACCUGUACCAAGAUGUAUUAAUACCUCUGAGCAGAAUCAACUCUGCAGAUACAUUUUGAUGAUUCUGUUGUAAAGCUUAGCAGGGCAGUGCUAUUUGUUUUACAUAACUUACUUAAUAAAGUAUUUUUUUUGUUGGA